AGCCCAAUCACAUUUUUCUUUUCCUUUCGUGAAAGCACCCAUUUUCAGCACUCACGCGCGCCAGUUUCCGCGCCUUUAACAACAGCACAAAGCAGUGGCGGCCGGAGGGGCAACGCCGCUAGUACAGCACGGAAUGUGGAACUUUAUCAAGAACCGUGAGCCUAAUAUCCAUAUGAAACGUCUAUUUGAGCCGUUCCUUAGUUACCGCCAUUUUCGAACCCGCGCCGUCGAUAGACAAAACACAUCCUCCACCGGUCUUUACGGUUUUGAUCACUUGAAGUCCCCUAAAGGCUUCCAACGCUUCGUCGAUGAAGCCAUUGAGAGGUCAUCGGAGCUGAUUGAUUAUAUAUCUGGCAUGCCAUCUUCAGCUGAAAUAAUCCGAGCCAUGGACGAGAUUUCGGACACUGUCUGUUCUGUUGUUGAUUCCGCUGAACUCUGUAGACAAACUCAUCCAGCUAGAGGAUUUGUCGAGGAGGCUAUCAAAGCAUCGAUGAAAAUUAAUGUAUAUCUACAUUUUCUCAAUACAAAUCAUACUCUUUAUAAUGCGGUGAAAAAGGCAGAGCAAGAUGGUCAUUUGCUUACUGAGGAAGCUCGUAGAGCAGCUCUCCACUUACGUAUUGACUUUGAGAAGGGUGGCAUUCAUCUCCCUUCUGGAAAAUUAGACCGAGUUAAUCAGCUAAAUAUGGACGCUCACAAGCUAUGCAGAGAGUAUGGUGAAAAUAUUAUUAACGACCCAGGUUAUGUGGAUAUCUUUCCAGCAUCACGCAUCCCAAGACAAAUACAACAUCUCCUUAAGCCUAUCUAUCGUCUGACAUCUGGAGUGUCAAAGGAGUCCUUAGGCUCAUAUGAAGAUGAACAAGAAAAGGGUUUCCGGAUCAUAACAGAGCCACGUACUCUAUUCUCUGUUCUACAAUUGACACCAGAUGAACAGGUUAGGAAAAUGGCAUAUUUGAAAGGGAGUUCCAUCCCACAUGCGAACCAUGAAGUUCUUGAUAAACUUAUAAAUUCCAGGCAUGAGCUUGCUCAGAUAAUGGGUUGUAAAUCCUAUGCUGAAUUUGUAAUGCAACUAAACAUGGCUUCAUCACCAGAGGUGGUGGUGUCCUUUUUGCAGGAGAUGAGCAACAUGGUCAAAGAAAAGGCAGAUGAGGAGUUUAAUACAAUCAGAAAUUUGAAGAGAGAUUUAUGUGGCCAAAGAUGUGUAGAUCUAGAACCAUGGGAUGAGGCAUACUACACAACAAUGAUGAAAUCUUCUGCCUAUAAUUUGGACUCCGCUGUUGUGGCAUCAUAUUUCUCUCUGCCACAGUGUAUUGAGGGCUUGAAACUUCUGGUAAAGUCACUCUUUGGUGCAAGCUUUGAUAGUGUUCCCAUGGCACCUGGUGAAUCAUGGCAUCCUGAUGUGCUUAAAAUGUGUAUUCAUCAUCCUGAAGAGGGUGACUUAGGGUUUCUGUACCUUGAUCUAUUCUCAAGGAAAGGCAAAUAUCCAGGUUGUGCCACUUUUGCAAUUAAAGGGGGACGAAAAAUUUCUGAAACCGAAUAUCAACUCCCUGUUAUGGCCCUUGUUUUCAAUUUUUCAAGGUCGCAUGAUUCAUCAAUUGUGCGGCUUAAUCACAGUGAACUAGAAACUUUGUUUCAUGAGUUUGGACAUGCUCUUCAUGCAUUGCUCUCAAGAACGGAUUACCAACAUUUUGCAGGCACAAGAGUGGCUCUUGACUUUGCUGAGACACCUUCAAACCUAUUCGAGUACUAUGCUCGGGAUUACCGAGUCCUGAAAAAAUUUGCUAGACAUUAUUCAACUGGAGAAGUAAUACCUGAGAAGUUGGUAAAGUCGCUAAAUGGUGCAAGAGACAUGUUUGCCGCAACCGAAUUGCAACGUCAGAUAUUUUAUGCUUUGGUUGACCAAACACUUUUCGGAGAACAAUUGUCUGUGCCAAGAGACACCAAUUCUAUUGUUGCCCAUUUGAAAAGACAACACAGCAAUGAGAAGCAUGUGGAGGGGACACACAUGCAUAUCCGAUUCAGUCACUUUCUCACCUACGGUGCUGGUUACUACAGCUACUUGUAUGCCAAAUGUUUCGCAGCAACCAUAUGGAAAAAGCUAUGCCAAGAGGACCCUCUAUCACCGACAACCGGAACAUUGCUCAGAACAAAACUUUUGCAAUACGGAGGAGCCAAAGAACCUGCUGAUUUGUUGACCGAUCUAGUUGGUGAUGGGAUCGUAAGGUAUCAUAAUGGAGGGAUUGUUCCUGAUGUCACAAGUUGUUUGGAAGAAAUGAAACUCCUCGAUGACAAAAACCGGCAUAUAAGUAAGUGACCGGAGUAAGAAUUUCAACCAGAAUAUAGGGGGAAAAAAGAGAAUAAAAAUAACAAACAUGGAGGAGAACAUAUUGACAUGAUUGCUGCAAAAUUGCCAGGUUUUUUUGUUAGUUUCUUAUUAUCAUUAGAGCAUUAUUUGGGGGUUGUAGAACUAGAAGUUGGUAAUUGAUAUGUGCCAUGUAAGUCAAGUUGUAAUAUGUACAUUACUUGUACACAUUCUUUAGUUUUACUUGGCAAAGUAGUACUUUUAGCUGAAGAAAUUUUCAAAUUCCCAAUUAAAAGAGAUUUCAAGACUAUGGUUUUAAUUGUGAUUUGGAAUAUUGGUAAGGAUGCUAGCCUUUUGUGUUAAUCCAAUUUUAAAGA